UCGAUUUGACGAGUGCUAAAAUUAAAGCCGAGUUUAAGUUUGCUUCAAUUCAACAACAACAAAAAAUAAUUAAAGGAUGUGUCUUAAUUCAUAUGAUUUGAUAUUGUUGAGCCAUAUUUGAACCACUGUCUACUUAUAGCUGGAUUUUAUUAUUUAAUAAUCCAGCCCAAAAUGUCUGCGAGGCCUUUACGCAGCUCUCAUGGUCGGCCGUUCACUGCCAAUAGAACCCAAACACCAAGAGGGGAUCAAAAGAAUGGCUACCCAGAGAUCAAACAGAGGGGCUACUACUCAGACAUGAUAACACAAGAGUGUAAUGAGGAUGGUGUGGAGAAAAUACUAGCAGGUCCCAACACUUACCAGGGAACCUUCUGGAAUGUUGCUAAAGAAAAUCACCUGCCACUAGCAAGUACUUUUGCUGCCGACAUGAGUUUGGUGGAUGAGCAGGUCAGUGUCCAGAAGUAUGGACCAAGCACUGAGGAUCUUACAGUUUCUGACUUUGAUCCUAAGUCUUUCAAGCCAAAAGUUCAGAUGCCAUUUUUUACCAAACCUGGAAACCAUCCCAGAAAAAUUGAGAUUGAAAGACGGCGACGCCUGUACAAAAGUUUGAUCCUUGAAGACCUGUUGGAAGAAAGGAACAUGAAGACAGAGUACCUGAUGCCCAAACAGCAGCCAGAUGUCAACACACUCCUCAACAGGGACGACAGUGAUCCCGCCCCCUUCCCAGCCUACCUCCCACUUCACAUUUUUGAUGAUGAUGACUACGACUGCCGUACACCGCAAGAGUGGAUGAACUUGAGUGAAAAGAAAAACCCCAUCCCUGGAUUAGCACUGCUCCCAACAAAAGAAGAAGAUAAAUUCAAAAAGCCAACAGACCCUACCAUCAUCUACUCCUGGUAUGACGUUGGGGUCCUGGGCUUCAACAAAGACUCCCACCUCUACCUGGUCCAAAUUUGCAACAAAAAAGGACGUGUUGUAGACCAGGACGGCAAACCUGUCCUCAAUACAGGUAUCAUCACAAACGGGCAGAGAGUUGCCCUUCCUGGCCAGUGGUGGGUCCCUCGUAUCCGGCUCAUGUUUAGAGCUGAAGAUCCACGGAUAUUUGCCGACAGGCUAGCCUCAGCUUUCAAGGCCAGGAAGAUUUGUGAGUCAGAGCUGCGAUACAACCUGUACAUUGACUGUAUGCCCAUGGACGGGGUAGGUGAACUCGACCAGGCUUCUCUCAAACGGAUGAUUGAAUGGGCACACUCUGCCCCAGGAAUAGAUAAAAACAAAAACCUUGAGGAUUACACUCAAGUUUUAGAGAAAGAGGUCAACAUUGAUUUCUGCAGGUCAAUGAACAGAAUCAUCUUUGAAAAAACUGUGAAGGAUGACCCUAUCACCUUUGCUUUUGUCUCUGUCCCUCCCAGCAAUGACAAGCAAGUUCCACACACAGGCUGCCACCCUGAUGUGCCCAAGUACCCAUUUGAUGAACAGUACGACAGUUUUGCCUUCAAUUCCCUGCUGACUUUGCCUGAGAGCAUCCAGGCCAUGGGCAAGGUCAGGACAGAGUGCAACCGUGUCAGCUGCACCAGCCUGUUCCACAUCCCCACCACUAAACCCAUGAAGCUGGAGGAGUUUGAACAGACACAGUCGCAGAUGACAACGCAGGUUGGACUUUCAUUAAGAGACGGCUGGAUCACAUCACUUCGUAUCAACAUCCGAAGUGCCUUGAGAGACGUGGGCAAAGGCUGGUUUAACAUCCAAGAGACCAACUGGGAGGUGUACCAGAUAUCAAAGCUGAAGAAGUUUAUGGAGACGGUCAAGUUCAUCAUGCAGGACUCUAUGCGCUUCCUGGUCCAGGAUUCCUUGAUGAACUUGACCCAGAUGAUUGUGGAUGCCUGUCACUCAACCAUGGAGCUGGAAGAGGAUUUUGUUUGGGGAACUGACCUUGUCAACAGCAACUUCAAGCCCCGUAAGAAUGCCCUGUUCCUGAUAGACCUAGUGAUGGACAAAGAGGGCGUCCACUUCAGCACCAGCCUGCCCAACUUUGAGAGCACCCUGAUCUCCCUAUUUGACAAGGGGAUACAAGCCACCCAGAAUGUUCCACAGCUGGAGAGGGAAAUUUUGAAAGACAUCUUCUGGUCUGGCAUCCCCUUGCUGGAGUCUGUAGGAGAGCAUGAGCCACCAGUGGAGGACCUACGGAACACAAUACGCAGAGCCAUCCAGCAGGCUCUUGUCCCACUCAAAGCUUACGCUCGGGAGUACGAAAAAUAUCUGGAGCUGAUUAACAUGGACAUCAACACUUAUGUGAAAAACUAUGAAGCUGCUGGCCAUUCCGCAGAAGAGGUCAAGGCUGAAGUUGAGAUGCACUUGCGUGAGAAAGAAAUCAUCGAGACACUUGUCCCCAGUUCAAUCACCAUUGGGCCAUUUCACAUCAACACAGAGGGGACACGCCAGGCUUUGGGGAAGAAACGUAAAGCUCUCAGUAAUGCUGUGUUGGAGCUGCUAGCCAGGCAGCUGAGGAAACAAGCUGAUGAUGCGUGUGAAGAGUUUAAAACCAUCAGCAGAAAACUCUAUGACAAGCCCAACUGUGUGGAGGAGCUGGCUGAGAUGAGGGAGUGGAUCAAAAGUAUUCCAGACAAGUUGAAAGAACACAGUGAACUGAUCGUAAAAGCGAUGAGUGACUAUGAACUGAUUGAAGAUUUUUACUACAGUCUCCCAACUGAUGACUUCAAUGCCAAAUGGACCACCAUUGGCUGGCCACAUAAAAUUGAGAACCAGAUGGAGCAGACACAGCUGCAGCUUGAUGAGGAUGAAGAGCGAUUCCGCAAACUUCAGCAGUCAGAUCAGACCAACUUUGAGGAUAAGCUUGAUGGACUGCAGAUGGCAGUGGCAGGAAUGGCUGCCUACUCUGAGAUCACCAGAGCCCAUGAAGUGGCCAAUGAGAUGAGGAGAAUCAACAAGCAGCUGAAGGAUGCCCAACAGAUGGCCAUCACGUACAACAACAGGGAGAGGCUGUUUGGUAUGCCCGUCACCAACUAUGAUAAGCUGGCAAAGCUUGUCAAAGAUUUCGAACCAUUUCGCAAUCUCUGGGUCACGGUGUCAGACUGGCAGAGGUGGUACGAGUCGUGGAUGACCGACCCCCUCACUGCCAUCAACGCUGAGGAAGUGGAGAAGAAUGUCACAGAGUCGUACAAGAUCAUGCACAAAAGCGUCAAGCUCUUCCAAGAAAUUCCAACUGUGCAAGAAGUUGCAACUGAGAUCAAAGAAAAAAUUGAACUGUUCAGACCGUACAUUCCCCUCAUCCAAGGACUCAGGAACCCAGGCAUGAGGAACCGCCACUGGGAGCAGCUGUCAGAAGACCUUGGGUUCCCUGUCAGACCAAAGAAAGAUCUCACCUUCCAGAAAUGCCUGGAUAUGAAGCUCCAGGAUCACAUCACCACCAUUGCUAAAAUAGCAGAAGUUGCUGGCAAAGAAUACUCUAUUGAACAAGCUUUGGACAAGAUGGAGAAAGAAUGGGAGCCAGUGAUGUUUGAGAUCAUGCCAUACAAGGAGACUGGCACGUACAUACUGAGGAGCUCAGAGGAGACGUCCCAACUGUUGGACGACCACAUUGUCAUGACACAGAGCAUGUCCUUCUCACCUUUCAAAAAACCUUUUGAGGAUCGCAUCAGUACCUGGGAGAGUAAGCUGAGAACCACUCAGGAUGUACUUGAUGAAUGGCUGAACUGCCAGAGAGCAUGGCUUUACCUGGAGCCUAUUUUUAGCUCUGAUGACAUCAAUCGCCAGCUUCCUGUUGAAAGCAAGCGCUACCAAACAAUGGAGAGAAUUUGGAGGCAAAUCAUGAAGACUGCCAAGGAAAAUCCACAAGUGAUCUCUCUAUGUCCAGACAACCGUCUGCUGGACAACUUGAGAGAGUGCAACAAACUGCUGGAGCAGGUACAGAAGGGCCUGAGUGAGUACCUGGAGACCAAACGUAACGCCUUCCCAAGAUUCUACUUCCUGUCUGACGAUGAGCUGCUGGAGAUUCUCUCACAGACCAAAGAUCCAACCGCAGUGCAGCCCCAUCUGAGGAAAUGUUUUGAGAACAUUGCUAAGCUUAAGUUUGAGGAGGAUCUGAAGAUCACCCAGAUGUAUUCUGGGGAGGGAGAGUGUGUCAACUUUAGAGAGACUUUGUAUCCCACUGGAAAUGUUGAAGACUGGAUGCUGGAGAUUGAGAGAGUCAUGAAGGAGUCACUCCGGAUGAUCAUCAAGGAGUCACUCAAAAACUACCAACAGAUUCCAAGAACAGAGUGGGUUUUGAAGUGGCCAGGUCAAGUGGUCAUUGCAGGAUGCCAGACGUACUGGAGCAGUGAGGUCACAGCUGAGCUGGAGAAGGGUUCUCUGAAGGAACACUUCAAGCUGGUGCUGGCCCAGCUGGAUGACCUGAGAGGUCUGGUGAGGAAGGACAUCUCCAAGAUUGGCCGCAUGACACUGUCAGCUCUUAUAGUCAUAGAGGUGCAUGCUAGAGAUGUGGUAGCCAAGAUGGUGGAUGAGAAUGUCAACAAUGCUAAUGACUUUGAGUGGAUCAGUCAGCUCAGAUAUUACUGGCUGGAAGAUGAAAACUUGUACCAGCGUGCUGUCAAUGCUCAGUUCCCCUAUGGCUAUGAAUAUCUGGGGAACACUGGACGUUUGGUCAUCACCCCCCUCACAGAUAGGUGUUAUCUGACCUUGACUGGAGCUCUUCACCUGAAGUUUGGUGGAGCCCCUGCAGGACCUGCAGGAACAGGCAAGACAGAGACCACCAAAGAUUUGGCCAAAGCUUUUGCCAUACAGUGUGUUGUCUUCAACUGCUCUGAUCAGCUUGAUUUCAUGGCUAUGGGAAAGUUUUUCAAAGGACUUGCCAGUGCUGGAGCCUGGGCCUGUUUUGAUGAGUUUAACCGUAUUGACAUCGAGGUGUUGUCUGUGGUGGCACAGCAGAUUACCACAAUCCAGAAAGCUCAAGCUGACAGAAUUGACCGUUUCAUCUUUGAAGGAGUGGAGCUGGUGCUGAAGGCCUCAUGUGCUGUGUUUAUCACCAUGAACCCUGGCUAUGCUGGGAGGACAGAACUUCCUGACAAUCUCAAGGCCUUGUUCAGACCUGUGGCCAUGAUGGUGCCUGACUACGCCCUCAUUGCUGAGAUUUCACUUUUCUCUUUUGGCUUCUCAAAUGCCAAGGCCUUGUCUCAAAAAAUUGUGACAACAUUCAAACUAUCUUCUGAACAGCUGAGUUCACAGGACCAUUAUGACUUUGGUAUGAGAGCAGUCAAGUCUGUCAUCUCGGCCGCUGGUAACCUCAAGAGGAUGUACCCUGACAUGGAGGAGGAGCUGAUUGCACUCAGAGCUAUCAGGGAUGUGAAUGUGCCCAAAUUCCUGGUGGAUGAUCUCAAACUCUUCAGUGGUAUUGUGUCUGAUCUCUUCCCUAACAUCAAAGAAGAGCCCAUUGAUUAUGGAGAGAUGGAAACUUCACUUAGAAAGUCUUGUACCAAAAGUGGCCUCAAGGAUGUUGAUGGUUUUAUCAACAAGUGUAUCCAAUUGUUUGAGACAACAGUUGUCAGACAUGGUCUUAUGUUGGUUGGUCCAACCUGCUCAGGUAAAACAAAGUGCUAUGAAAUGCUCCAGAAAGCCCAGACCGCCCUCAAAGGUCGGCCAUCCCCAGCCAUGUCAGAUUUCCAGACGACCCACACGUAUGUUCUCAACCCCAAAUCCAUCACCAUGGGUCAGCUGUAUGGUGAAUUUGAUCUGCUCACCCAUGAAUGGACUGAUGGGAUCCUGUCAACUCUGAUCAGAUUCGGAGCCUCGUCACGGGAUGAGGAGAAGCGCUGGUUCAUCUUUGACGGCCCCGUGGACGCUGUGUGGAUAGAAAACAUGAACACAGUCCUGGACGACAACAAGAAGCUGUGUCUCAGCAGUGGUGAGAUCAUCAAACUCACUGAGGCCAUGACAAUGAUGUUUGAAGUGGCUGAUCUUGCAGUAGCCUCCCCUGCCACAGUCAGCAGAUGUGGAAUGGUUUAUUUGGAGCCAAGUUACAUCGGCCUGGACCCAUUUGUUGAAUGCUGGUUGAAAAAAGUACCUGAACCAAUCUGGCAAUACAAAGAGAAGUUUGAAGAACUAUUCCAGUUUUUCCUGCAUCCUGCAAUAAAACUACUGCGCAAAGAGUUGCGUGAAAUAGUCCCAACAGUUGAUGGUGCGGUGGUGUUUUCACUCCUUAAAAUGUUGGACUGUUUCUUUGAACCUUUUGUGCCGAAAGAGGGUGAACAACCCAUCCCUGCUGAGCGUUUGGCCCGUGUGGUUGAACUGAUUGAGCCCUGGUUUCUGUUCUCCCUGGUCUGGUCAGUUGGGGCCACAUGUGACAACGACAGUCGCAAGAAGUUUUCACACUGGCUCAAGGAGAAGAUGAAGGAGGCCAAUGUGAAGCUGAUGUUCCCAGAAGACGGUCUGGUCUAUGACUACAUGUUGGAUGAUGCAGGGAUCUGUAGCUUAGCUCCCCCAGGGAUAGAUGAAGAUGACGAUGUUAUGAAGAAGAAAGUGCUGUGGAAAAAUUGGAUGGAAACCAUGUCAGACUUCACCAUUGCACCAGAUACCAAGUACUCAGAUAUCAUUGUCCCCACCAUUGACACCAUCCGCAGUUCUAAAAUACUAGAGAUGCUGGUCAGCAGCAAGAAAACUGUCUUAUGUGUGGGACCAACUGGCACAGGGAAAACUUUGACCAUAGCAGAUAAGUUGUCCAGGAGCAUGCCAAAAGAAUAUGUGCCAGAAUUCAUCAUCUUCUCAGCCAAAACUAGUGCCAACCAAACACAAGAUUUGGUGGAUGGAAAACUGGACAAAAGACGCAAGGGUGUGUUUGGUCCUCCACUUGGCAAAUACUUUGUUUUCUUCAUUGAUGAUCUGAACAUGCCUGCCUUAGAGGUGUAUGGAGCCCAGCCCCCCAUAGAGCUGAUCAGGCAGUACAUGGACUUUAAGGGCUGGUAUGACAGGAAGUCUAUUGGUGAAUUUAGAAACCUGGUGGAUGUGAACUUUGUCUGUGCCAUGGGUCCACCUGGGGGUGGUCGCAACCCUGUUACAGCGCGUCUUCUGCGCCACUUCAACUUCCUGGCCUUCACAGAGAUGGAGGAUGAGAGCAAGGGGCGGAUUUUCACAGCCAUCCUUAAUUCUUGGAUAGCCCACAUCCCAUCCGUGUCAGACUACAGCAAGCAGAUGGUGAGCACGUGUAUAUCCAUGUACAACACCAUCCAGACCCAGCUCCUGCCCACCCCAGCCAAGUCUCACUACACGUUCAACCUCAGAGACCUGUCCAAGGUGUUCCAGGGCAUUCUCAUGUGUCAGCCUGACAGCAUCAAGAACAUUCAAGACUUCCUGAGGCUCUGGUACCAUGAGUGCUGCCGUGUCUUCCAAGACCGCCUUGUCAACGACGAGGACCGCGACUGGUUUGACAACCUCCUGAAGGAGAAGAUGGAGCAAGAUUUUCACAGCAACUUUGACGAGGUUGUUGUGCAGAAGCCAGUCAUCUUUGGUGACUUCAUGAACACCAAUGUGGAGCCGCGUCCCUACACACUGAUAGACGAUCAUGUCAAGCUUGUUAAAGCCUUAAAUGAGUUUCUGGAAGACUACAACCAAAUCAACACCGCCCAGAUGAAGCUGGUCCUGUUUAUGGAUGCUGUCACCCAUGUCAGUCGCAUCGCCAGGAUCAUCAGGCAGCCACUGGGGAAUGCCCUGCUGCUGGGCAUGGGUGGGAGCGGUCGUCAGAGUCUCACACGUCUGGCAGCUCACAUGUCAGAGUUUGACUGCUUCCAGAUAGAGUUGUCAAAGAACUACGGCACAGCUGAGUGGAGGGAAGACCUGAGGAAGGUGAUGAUGAAGGCUGGCCUGGAGAACAAACCUGUUGUCUUUUUAUUUAGUGACACACAGAUCAAAAGUGAAUCCUUCCUUGAGGACAUCAACAACAUCCUCAAUGCUGGCGAUGUACCCAACAUUUACGGCUUUGAUGAGCUGGAGAAAAUCUACACGGACAUGAAGCCGGUUGUACAGGACAUUGGUCUGCAGCCCACCAAGACCAAUCUGUUCUCAGCGUACACUAAACGUGUACGCAGCAACCUACACACUGUGCUGACCAUGAGUCCUCUGGGUGAAGUAUUCCGGGCUCGUCUGCGUCAGUUCCCCGCCCUGGUCAACUGCUGCACCAUUGACUGGUUCAGCCAGUGGCCAGCUGAUGCUCUCAAGUCUGUGGCCCAGAACCUUCUGAGUGACAUACCUGAUCUGGACACAACCACCACAGUGAUGGAGGGGCUGGUGUCAAUGUGUCAGGUCAUCCAUGAGUCAGUGACGGUCAACUCCGCCAAGUUCCUGGCCGAGAUGUCACGUUACAACUACGUCACACCCACAAGUUACUUGGAGCUGCUGGGCAUUUUCUCCAAGCUGGUGGGCAUGAAGAAGAUGGAGCUGAUCACUGCUAGACACAGGUUAAAGACUGGCCUCGACAAGCUUCUGUCCACUGCUGAGGAGGUUGGCAAACUGCAGGAGGAACUGGCCACCAUGAGACCCAUGCUGGAGGAGGCAGUGAAAGAAUCCAUCACCACUAUGGAGAAGAUCUCCAAAGAUACAAAAAUAGCAGAAGAGACCAAAGCCGUGGUCCAGAAGGAAGAAGCUCAAGCGUCUAAGAAAGCUGUGGAGACCCAGGCUAUUGCAGAUGAUGCCCAGAGGGAUCUCAACGAGGCUUUGCCUGCUCUGGAUGCUGCCCUGGCCAGCUUGAAGUCCCUGACCAGAGUGGAUGUGGUAGAAGUGAGAGCACUACAGAGACCUCCUGAUGGUGUGCGACUGGUCAUUGAAACUGUCUGUAUUAUGAAGGGAGUGAAGCCCAAGAAGGUGGCCGGAGAGAAGCCUGGGACCAAAGUGGACGACUACUGGGAGGGUGGGCGUGGUCUGCUGCAGGACCCCACCAAGUUCCUGGAGAGUUUGUUCAAGUUUGACAAGGACAACAUCCCCGAAGAUGUCAUCAAGAAGAUACAGCCAUACAUCGAUGAUGAGGCUUUCACUCCUGCAGCCAUAGCUAAGGUGUCCAAGGCCUGCACGUCCAUCUGCCAGUGGGUCAGGGCCAUGCACAAAUACCACUUUGUGGCCAAGAGUGUGGCACCCAAGAGAGAGAAGCUGCGCAUCGCCCAGGAGGAGUUGUCUGAGACCCAGCGCAUCUUGGACGAGGCCAAGGCCAGGCUGGAGGCCGUGGAGGAAGGUUUGGCCACCCUACAGGCCAAGUAUGACGACUGUGUGAGGAAGAAAGAUGAACUGGAGAACAAGUGCAAGGAAUGUGAGGCCAGACUUAUCAGGGCAGAUAAGCUGAUUGGUGGACUGGCAGAUGAGAAGGACAGAUGGAGAAUAUCUGUAGAUGGCCUGGAGAAGAUCAUUGAUAACUUUGUGGGGGAUGUCUUGGUGUCUGCUGGCUGUAUAGCGUACCUGGGGCCAUUCACUGGCGCCUACAGAAACAGCAUGGUCAGCAGCUGGGUGCUGAAGCUGGAUGAGUGUCAGGUCCCGCGGACAGAGGAACCCUCCCUUGUCGGCACCAUGGCUGACCCGGUCAAGAUUCGCAGCUGGCAGAUCGCCGGACUCCCCAAGGACAACCUGUCUGUAGAGAACGGUGUCAUCGUCCAGUUCUCCAGGCGCUGGUCUCUGUUUAUUGACCCACAAGGCCAGGCCAACAAAUGGAUCAAAAACAUGGAGCGUGAAGCCGGCCUUGAUGUCAUCAAGCUCUCGGACAAAGAUUUCCUGCGUAGUUUAGAAAACGCAGUGAGGUUUGGCAAGCCUUGCUUGCUAGAGAAUAUCAGCACAGAGCUGGACCCUGCUCUGGAACCUAUUUUACUCAAACAGACCUACAAGCAACAAGGCAGUACUGUGAUCAAACUGGGAGAUGCUGUCAUACCCUACCACGACGACUUCAAGUUUUACAUGACCACCAAACUGCCCAACCCACAUUACACACCCGAGGUGUCCACCAAGGUUACACUGGUCAAUUUCACUCUCUCCCCCAGUGGGCUGGAAGAUCAACUCCUGGGCAUUGUUGUGGCUGAGGAGAGACCUGACCUGGAAGAGGCCAAGAACCAGCUGAUUGUCAGCAAUGCCAAGAUGAAGCAGGAACUCAAAGAGAUUGAGGACCGCAUCCUCAUGCGCCUCAGCUCCUCCGAGGGCAGCCCCGUGGACGACAUCGACCUGAUUCAAACACUGGAAGCUUCCAAGAUCAAAUCCCAGGAGAUUACUGCCAAAGUUCUAGUGGCCGAGCAGACAGAGAAGGACAUUGACCAGACCAGGAGUCAGUACAUCCCUGUGGCCAUCAACACCCAGAUCCUCUUCUUCUGUGUGGCCGACAUGGCCAACAUUGACCCCAUGUACCAGUACUCACUCGAGUGGUUUAUCACAAUUUUCCUGGGUGGGAUAGCCCAGGCUGAGAGAGCAGAUAACAUUCCCCAGAGGAUAAAGAACAUCAACAACUUCUUCACCUUCAGCCUGUACACCAACGUGUGCAGGAGUUUGUUUGAGAAACACAAGCUGCUCUUUGCUUUUCUGCUGUGUGUGCGCAUACAAAUGCAUGAGGGCAUCAUUGAUAUGAAUGAAUGGCGUCUGCUGAUAGCAGGAGGGACCACCAGACCCAAAGACCUGCCCAACCCAGCCAGAGAGUGGAUCUCUGACAGGUCCUGGAGUGAGAUCCUCACUCUGCCAUCCCUGCCAAAGUUUUCCCUGUUUGCUGAGGACAUCAAAAACCAUCUAGACGGCUUCAAAAGAAUAUUUGACAGUGCAGAACCCCACAGAGAGCAACUGCCUGGCCCAUGGGCAGACAACUUGGACAAGUUUCAAGCUCUCCUUGUGCUGAAAGCUUUCCGUCCAGACAAAGUGACCAAUGCCAUGCAGGACUACGUGGCUGCCAAUAUGGGCCAGCGGUUCAUUGAGCCCCAGACCUCCGACCUUGGCCUAGUUUACAAGGACUCCUCCCCCACCACACCCCUGGUCUUUGUGUUGUCCCAGGGCACUGACCCCGCCAACGACCUGUACAAGUUUGCUGAAACCAUGAGGUUUGCCAAGAAACUCACAGCUAUUUCAUUAGGACAGGGGCAGGGUCCAAGGGCUGAAGCCAUGAUGAAAUCCUCCAUGGAGAGGGGGAAAUGGGUUUUCUUCCAGAACUGCCACCUGGCACCCAGCUUCAUGCCCAUGUUGGAGAGGCUGGUGGAACAGAUUGAUCCUGACAAGGUACACCGAGACUUCCGUCUGUGGCUGACCAGCAUGCCCAGUGAAAAGUUCCCAGUGUUUAUUCUACAGAACAGCUCUAAGAUGACAGUGGAGCCACCUAAAGGCAUAAAGGCCAACCUACUGCGCUCAUACAUGGGCUUCACUGAUGAUUUCCUCAACCACUGCGGAGAUAGGGUGAGUGAGUUCAAACACCUGCUGCUGUCCCUGUGUUUCUUCCAUGGUGUUGUCAUAGAGAGAAGAAAGUUUGGGGCCCUAGGGUUUAACAUACCCUAUGAGUUCACUGACGGAGAUUUGAGGAUCUGUGUCAGCCAGCUCAAGAUGUUCCUGCAGGAGUAUGCUGACAUUCCCUUCAAGGUCCUGGUGUACACAGCCGGCCACAUCAACUACGGAGGUCGUGUGACGGACGACUGGGACCGGCGCUGUCUGAUGAACGUCCUGGGUGGCUUCUACAAACCUGAGAUCAUCCAGACGGACUACAGCUACUCCGAGUCUGGCAUCUACAAGCAGAUCAGCCCAGACCUAGAGCUCAGUGGCUACCUAAGCUACAUCAGGAGCUUGCCCAUCAACGACACCCCAGAGAUCUUUGGUCUCCAUGACAACGCCAACAUCACAUUUGCCCAGAAUGAAACCUUCAACGUACUGAAGGCCCUGGUACAGCUCCAACCAAAGACCAGUGCAGCUGCUGGCCAGUCCAGGGAAGAGGUGAUGGAGAAAACUGCCCUGGGAAUUAUAGAAAAGGUCCCUAAAGCUGUGAACUUGGCAUCUGUCAUGGAGAAGUACCCAGUCCUGUAUGAGCAGUCGAUGAAUACUGUUUUAGUCCAGGAGGUUAUCAGGUACAAUCGCCUGCUGAAUGUGAUUCAUCAAUCACUGCUGGACCUGCAGAAGGCCCUGAAAGGUCUUGUGGUCAUGUCACAACAACUUGAGGACAUGGCAAACAGUCUCUUCAACAACAUUGUCCCAUCUAUGUGGGCCUCCAAGGCUUAUCCAUCACUGAAACCCCUUGCAUCCUGGGUAACAGAUCUCAUAGCUAGGAUGUCAUUCAUCCAACUUUGGAUAGACAAAGGGAUCCCAGCUGUCUUCUGGAUCUCUGGUUUCUUCUUCCCUCAAGCCUUUUUGACUGGAACCCUGCAGAACUUUGCUAGGAAGAAAGUCAUAUCCAUUGACUCCAUCACAUUUGACUUCCAGGUUAUCAGAGAGAACUACACUGAGCUGAGUCAAGCCCCUGAAGACGGCUGCUACAUUAGAGGGCUGUUUGUUGAAGGCGCCUGCUGGGACCACGGCACACAGAUGCUGGCAGAGUCCAAGCCCAAGGAACUCUACAACGACAUGCCAGUUCUUUGGCUCAAGCCCAUGGCCAACCGCAAGGCAGCGACCUCAGGGGUGUAUGAGUGUCCUGUCUACAAGACUUUAACCAGAGCAGGCACACUCUCCACCACUGGCCACUCAACCAACUUUGUUUUUGCUGUGGAGAUUCCAACAGACAAAUCCCAAGAGCACUGGAUCAAGCGAGGUGUAGCGCUUUUGUGUGCUCUUAACUACUAGACACUAGACUUCACUGAAUGAUGGUCACAUUAGAGCCAAAAUAAAAUGCUGUUGUACAUGUUUGGAUUUGGUACUGCUAGCUACUGUUUUACAAAAUAUAUUAAUUUAUUCCAUAAAAAGUUUAAUUACAGUUUACUUUACCAUGUAUAUUUCUUUUCCAAUGUAUUGAUGAAUAUGUACAUUUUAUUGUAAAUUAAUUGGAUGUAUUAAGUGGAUAGUUAACAUUAAUUGAUUAAUUAAUGUCGUUAAUGGUGAUGUGUGAUUGAGCUAAGCCAAAAGUGAGCUAACACAUUCUUUGUAAAGCCACACGGUAUACAACAAAAAUACAUUUUUAUACUACAUAUUGUUUUAACCAUGUUUGUGAAUAAACACUAGAUUUAAAAUAACUUUUACCAUGGAUUUAAUGUGUGCAUUAUGUUAAUAAAAUAAUAAGUAAAUAAACAUAUAAAAUAA